CACUGGAAGCGAAGCCGCCAUUUCGACGUCAAAGCGUCUGUACAGCAGGAUAGCAGCAGGGAUGGCAUCGAAUGCGUUCGUGUUGUGCAAAGUCCGACACAGCGUGAGUCUGUCGCCGUGUCAUGCCGUGGAUGCGCGUGUGGGCAUCGAGCAGGACCUGACGGAGCAGCUCAUGCGCUACUCGGAGGCAUUGCAGGGUGUAGUGCUGAGCUUCAGUAACGUGCAGCUGGGCAGACCCUACGGGACCAUCGUGAACGAGAUGCCCUACAUUCACUGUAAGGUGCUGACCGAUGCGCUGGUCUUCCGCCCCAAGGAGGGCAUGAUGCUGCGCGGCGUCGUCAAUAAGAUCGGCAGCAACCACGUCGGUAUGCUCUUCGCUGGAGUCUUCAACGGCUCCGUUGCUGAGGCUGAGCUGCCCAAGGGAUACGUACACAACUACGCUCAGGAUUGCUGGCUGGGCGAGGACGGCUCUUCUAUCUCUGUCGAGGACGAAGUAGAGGUUAAAGUGCUGCGUGUCCACGUUGCUGGCGGCAUGAUCGCUAUUGAAGCCACUAUGCGCUUCGACGCCGCUGGUGUUGCGAAGUCUACGGCACCGAAAAAAGUAAAGAAAACCUCGCACCUUAACUUGGCAGCAGGAGAGCCGGUAACCAAGCCAAUUAAGGAAAAGAAGACCAAAAAGACCAAAAAGGUUGACGAAGCGGAGGACAAGCAGGAAAAGAAGAGCAAAAAGCGCAAGCACGAGAAGCCUGAUGAAGAGGUAGUAGAAGAGGAACCCGUUGAAGCCGAGGAGGUCAAGGUGAAGUCUAAGAAGCACAAGCAUAAGGACAAAGACGCCAAGAAGAAAAAGCACAAGAAAACCAAGCACGACUAGACUGAGGUGACGCUAGGCAUAGAUGGAUAGCAGGUAUCCAGCUGCAUGUGUUUAUAUACUUUCAAGAGCUUUUGUCAGCAAUCUCUCUUCAUUCCAGAAUGCCAGAAUAAGCAAACUCUCU